GAGCCGACUCUGCUCGCUCCAUUGCACCUGUCUGCACCCACUUUUUUUGACCCCCCCACUUCUACUGUUCCUGAUCUUUGCUAUUUAGCUAAGAAGAAUCGCCAGUAAUCACGAGAUCGUUUUCUGUUUGUUUGUCUUGUUGGUUUCUCAUUUACACGAGCACCUCUUCAUCGCCUGUUGUACCUCUUUGCCGUUGGUCUUCGUGUGUUCGCUCUCUCGAUUGAACUUAAUAACCCGCUGCUUCCCGAAGCCGUGGUGCGAGUUGUUGUAGCACUCCACGCUAUAUAUAUAUACACACAACGCGUGAGACAUAUUAAAAACAAACCGCUAUCUUUUUGCUGUGUUCCAUUCUUAUCUUAUUUACUAAUAUAUAUAUAUAUACACUUCCAUAAUACUAACCAAAACGCGAAGGCUUUUCCCUCUUAUCUCUUUUGGAUUUCUCGUCUCCGUCCUUCUGGCUUCUGUGCGGCCUGUAUGAGAGUUCAUUAGCGCUGUGGAAAUAAGAAAUAAUUCUUCUUCUCCUUCUUUGCUUUGCUCACUUGACUGUGUGCGCUUGUGUGCGUGUUCGUGCUUGUAUGCGCAUGCGGGACAUCUACAGGUGAGUUCGUCCUGACUUUAAAAACAAGCAUAACAUUUUUAUUAUUAUUAUAGUUUUCCGCGCGUACCUUUGCGCGUCCUCUCUCCGGCGUGAAAGCAGAUCGAAGACGCGAACGUGAGAUCGGGAUUAAGUAGAAAAACGGCCUUUCCAAGGCAACAACCGUUUUUUUGUCCUUCUUCCCCCCUCUUUUCCGUACAUCUCCUGUGUGUUCGUGUGUGUUUCCUUCUCCCAUUUCUAACACAUAUUUAGCAAUUCUUUUUGCGUUCUCUUUCUUCCGAGCGGACUUCACGGGCUUCAAGCAUGUCGUCCGAAAAGGCCUACGUGAAUCCGCAUGUGGUGCGUGCGGAGUACGCCGUCCGCGGCCUCAUCCCUGCCCGCGCGGAUGAGAUCAAGAAGGAGAUUGCGGAGGGCAAGGGUGCCCACCCCUUCACGAGCCUCGUGUACUGCAACAUCGGCAACCCGCAGUCGCUGGACCAGAAGCCGCUCACCUUCAACCGCCAAGUUAUGGCACUCUUCGACGCGCCUUUCCUGCUGGAGGACGAGGCGCUUGUGGCGCGCUUCCCGGCGGACGCGGUGGCGCGCGCAAAGGAGUACGUGGAUCGCGUAGGCAACGUGACGGGCGCCUACACAGACUCCUUCGGGUACGACUUUGCCCGAGAGGCGGUGGCGGCGUGCAUCAACGAGCGCGAUCACCACGUGCAGCCCGAGGCGACGAUGGAGGAGAUCUGCAUGACGGACGGCGCGAGUGGCGGUAUAACGAUGGCGAUGGAGUUGGUCCUGGGUGGGCUGGAGGAUGCCGUGAUGAUCCCGAUCCCGCAAUACCCCUUUUACACGGCCCAGAUUGCCCUGCUGGGGGCGAAGACGGCGCCGUACUACCUGCACGAGGCCGAUCGGUGGGCGAUGCAGGCGGAUGACCUGGCCGCGGCGUACAAUAAAUGCAUGGAGGAGAAAAAGGCGACGCCGCGCCUGCUGGUGUGCAUCAACCCCGGCAACCCGACCGGCGGCGUGCUGGACCGCAAGGUGAUGGAGGACGUGGUGAGGUUCUGCUACGACUACAAUGUGCUGCUGCUGGCGGACGAGGUGUACCAGGAGAACAUCUACGCCGCGGACCGCAAGUUUGUGAGCUUCCGCGAGGUGGUACUGUCGAUGCCUGCGCCGUACAGCACGGGCACGAUGCUCGUCUCGCUGCACUCCACGUCGAAGGGCAUGAUCGGCGAGUGCGGGCGCCGCGGCGGUUUCCUCAACUAUACGAACUUGCCAGCGUUUUCCCGUGAGAUGCUGUCCAAGCUGGCCUCGUUGGCCCUAUGCGCGAACGUGAACGGGCAGGUCAUGACGGCGCUGAUGAGCACGCCGCCGCAGAAGGGUGACGCGAGCUACGAGUCGUACUGGGCGGAGUACAACGGCAUCUUCUCGAGCUUGAAGGAGCGCGCUGCCCUGCUGGCGCGUGAGCUGAACACUAUUCGCGGGAUGUCCUGCCAGCUUGUGGACGGUGCGAUGUACGCCUUCCCUCAGAUCACGCUGCCGGCCCGGUACGCGGAGUACAACGAGGCGCAGAACAAGAAGGAGGGCCGCAAGCUGGCGCUGGACGCGCGGUGGUCGCUGGAGCUGCUGGAGGCCACCGGUAUUGUGGUGGUGCCCGGGUCCGGCUUCGGGCAGGAGCCGAACACCCUUCACUUCCGCACGACGAUACUGCCGCCGACGGCGCAGAUGGAGCGCAUGGUGACUGCCAUUCGCGAUCUGCAGAACCGCAUCUACGCUAACUACGGCGAUUAA